UCAUAUCCAACCAGUUUCACAUUGAUAAUCCGUCUGUAUCCCUGCACAGCUCCCAUACUCACUGCAAUUGGUCGAAGUUCUUUCCGUGGCUUUUUUACGAUGGCGGAGCGCACACCUUUUUUGAAGGGAAUGCCGCUACCGUCGUGUUUUUGUGCGAACCGUUUUCGCUAUGUGAUUCUGUGCUUAGGCCUUAUGUGUCUGACCUCCGUCUGUUCAAAUUACGUUAUUAUCAAUUUCACAUUCAUUUGCAUGGUCAACGACGAUGCGGAACAAAUCGCCGCUGGAAAUGGAUCAUUUCGUGGUCGCUAUGAGUAUACUCCGCUAGAAAAGAGUGAAAUUACAUGGGCUGUGGCGGUCGGUACCAUAGUCGGAACAGUGCCCAUCAACUAUUGGUAUAUCAGAUCUGGAGCGAGAUGGCCAUUUUUCGUAUCGGGAAUGAUGUCUGUAGUUUCUACUGCUUUACUGCCAACUGCUGCCUACCUGGGCCUUCGCUAUCUCUUGGUCUUUCGAUUCAUACAGAUGUUUGGAACCGAAAAGUGU